AUGGCGCUAGCGGUUACAACGCAACGCGAUCGUUUCCUGAGACACAGUGACACUGGACCCAGCCACCCCUUCGACUGGUCGACUCCGAAUCCAGCACUGCCGUCUGCCACAAAGAGCAGCUUUACUGGAUCAACAAACAGCGCACGACCACGAGCAUGGAGUGUCCGAACCUUCCGGGAUCUUCUCCCUCCUCUUCCUCAACUCCAUAAGAAAUGGUGCAGCUGGAACUCAACCAGCCCAUUCACCAAACUGGUGGACACUGGAUUCUCAAGCACAGCUCCAGAAUCCAGAAGGGGAAAGACCCUCCCUGAUGCUUCUCUUUGUAGUCCGAUCAACAGCUGCCACUCGGACUCCUUCAUGAGCAAUGCCUCAUACCCUCUAACUCAGCCUGGCCAGCGCCAGCGCCGCCUCAACUCCACCAGCAACCUCCGCCGCACUCGCUUCAACACACCAUGCUUCGGCCUGCUCUCUGGCACCUCCGAGACCUCAAAACCACAAGCCAAUGGAAUCCCAACAACAAACGCGCUCCCAGACACAAGCGGCACUCCAUCCAGCCAGCAGCAGGUCCCAGACGAAGCGUUAAACUCUGAAGAACCCCCCGUGUUUGCAAUCUCAGAAGAGGAGGACCGACAGCCUCUGGUGUCGCCAGAACAUCCCGAGAAGCCCUUGAGAAUCAACGGACAGAUGUUUGAAGGCCCAAAAAUGCCACUGCUUUCAAAAUGCCACGUUCCCAGCAUCCAGCCCACUUCUUUAGUGAGCUUAUCAGAGGAUCCUUCAGCUCUCUCUUGCUCACAGUGACUCAGUCCCACAAGGUUUGAGCGUGAAGGUCAUGUGACCGAUUCAGCCAAUAGAUGAUGGGGAAAAUGCACAAAGUGGGUUCCUGGUGUCUUCAAAUUGAACAAAACACGUUAUUUUAAUGCGUGACGAUGUAGCUUGGAAUUUCAUAGGGGUUUAUUUUGGAAUAUUGGCAUGAAUGAGAAACGAAAGCACUUCUUUUUCUUCGUCUUAUUGUAUCCGCACAGUUAACUUGCUAAGUAUAAAGUCAUCUAACAGUAUGUUUUAGAAGUACUCCUGUUUGUAUAUGAUAAACUUUUAACUGCUCACUUAAUGUUUCCACUCACUACUGAGAGUUUAAAGAGUUGUAGAUGGCCUGCAUUGUUGCGUUCAUUAUGAAAUUCCAUAUAUCAGCUCUAUGAAAUACACCGCUUGUUCCUAAUCCGUUCACAACACGUAGAAGACCAAUUAGUGGAUCCGGAUGAAAGCUGCUUGGCAUCUCUUGACUUCCACACGUGUUUUGUUUUGUUUUUCACCAUGGGUCCAAUACACGGUUUUAAACAGGAGAAA